GUAUUUUGGAUAUGAUAGCUAACAAAUGAUUAGCUGCAGCUAGCUGAAGCUCCAUUUCUACCAGACUGUAUGUGCAACAAUUUAGGUGUUUUUAACUCUGCAGAGGGGAUCUGUUGGAUUAAUGUUUUCCCGGAGGCGUAGCUGUAAACUCUAACGGAAUUCACGGCGCAAGAAAAGGGCUCAUAUUUGAUGUGUAAUGUUAGUUAGCUAACUUUUUCUCUGUUUAACCUAGCGUUAACGUUAGCAGCAAGCCUAGGACUGUACAUUGCAUUCACCAGUUCAUGCGAAAUGGAUUUGUAAACUUUUUCUUUGGUAACUAACGUGAAAUUUAAAAAAAAAGUACCAUAAAGUACGUUAAGUUUAUGAGACAUCGAUAAACCAAUAAAAUGUCAGUAGAAGAAUCAUAUAUAUAAACUUUGAUGGAACUUGCUUAUAAGCAUCUAUCCAUCGAUAGCUGAGCGAGCUAAGGUAUCGUAAGGCUGGACAGUCACACGCACAGCCGUGCUUAUCUUUUGGUAACCAUGCCAAAUGACUUGUCUCUAGUCUCCAACAAAGAGUACAAAAUAUGUAAUGCCUUUAUAGUGUGCUCAGUUUGGCGGAAUUAACGACUUUGGAUAACUGAAAAGUUAGUUUAUUAGCUAUUCGCCAUGGCAAGUGCCUUAGCAGCGAAGCUGGGCUUUAACUCACUGGUGAGAAAACAAGCCAAGAACUUCAACGUCAGGAUCUGCACAAUGGAGUCGGACAUGGAGUUCAGUUGCGAGGUCAGGUGGAAAGGAAAAGACCUUUUUGACUUGGUAUGCCGAGCUCUGGGACUGAGGGAGACAUGGUUCUUUGGGCUCCAGUACAAUAUCAAGGACACAGUUGCUUGGCUGAAGAUGGAAAAGAGGGUUUUGGAUCAGGAGGUACCGAAGGAGGAACCUAUCACCCUUCACUUCCUGGCCAAGUUUUACCCUGAAAAUGCUGAGGAGGAGCUCGUCCAAGAUAUCACACAGCAUCUCUUCUUCCUACAAGUGAAGAAGAAGAUCCUCGAGGAGGAGAUUCACUGUCCACCCGAGGCCUCUGUGCUGCUGGCCUCCUAUGCUGUCCAUGCCAAGUAUGGAGACUACGACCCUAAUGUUCACAAAUGUGGUUUCUUGGCUGAGGAGGAACUGCUGCCAAAAAGGGUGAUUAACUUGUACCAGAUGACUGCAGAAAUGUGGGAGGAGAGGAUCACAGCAUGUUAUGCGGAGCACAGAGGCAGGACGAGGGAUGAAGCCGAGACGGAGUAUUUAAAAAUAGCUCAGGACCUGGACAUGUAUGGCGUCAAUUACUUUUUAAUCAGGAAUAAAAAGGGAACAGAUCUCCUUCUGGGAGUGGAUGCCCUGGGUCUGCACAUCUACGAGCCAGACAACAGGCUGACACCCAAGUGCUCCUUCCCCUGGAAUGAGAUCCGCAACAUCUCCUACAGCGACAAGGAGUUUACCAUCAAACCUCUGGACAAAAAGACCAAUGUUUUCAAGUUCAAUUCUUCACGAUUGAGAGUCAACAAGUUGAUCCUUCAGCUGUGUAUAGGGAACCAUGAUCUGUUUAUGCGCCGGCGGCGGGUAGACUCGCUUGAAGUGCAGCAGAUGAAGGCCCAGGCCAGAGAGGAGAGAGCCAGAAAACAGGUUGAGAGGCAGCGUCUGCAAAGGGAGAAACAGCUGCGGGAGGAGGCAGAGAGAGCCAGGGACGAGCUAGAGAGGAGGCUUAUUCAGCUGCAGGAUGAGGCUCACAUGGCCAACGAGGCCCUGCUGCGUUUGGAGCAGACGGCGGACCUGCUGGCUGAAAAGGCCCAGAUCGCGGAGGAGGAGGCCAAGCUGCUUGCCCAGAAAGCUGCUGAGGCUGAGACAGAGAUGCAGCGCAUCAAACUGACUGCCAUCCGUGGCCAGGAGGAGCGGCGGCUCAUGGAGCAAAAGAUGCUGGAGGCAGAGAUGCUGGCUCUCAAGAUGGCCGAGGAGUCGGAAAGAAGGGUCAAGGAGGCUGAGCAGCUGAAACAAGACCUGCAGGAAGCCAGGGAGUCAGAGCGCAGGGCAAAGCACAAGCUGCUGGAGAUUACCAGCAAGACUGUCUAUAUGUCCCCUGGACUCCCGCCUGACAUCAUGCCUCCCGACCUGAGCUUCAGCAGGGAGAACCUCAGCUUUGACUUUAAAGAUACUGACAUGAAACGGCUCUCCAUGGAGAUCGAAAAAGAGAAGGUCGAGUACAUGGAGAAGAGCAAGCACCUACAGGAGCAGUUGAAUGAGCUGAAGACGGAGAUUGAAAGUCUAAAGCUAAAAGAGAGAGAGACUCCUCUGGACAUCAUUCACAACCAGAACACAGAGCAGGGGACCAGCAAGCACAGCAACUUUAAAAAGUCUUACAGUCGUAGGCUCGAUGGAAGACAAUGCACCCAAGUACGUGGACAUCCUCAGCGAUCUUGUGCCGGAGUUUGAUAAGCACUUUGAAGAUUUCAGAGACAAUGCAACAGUCUCCAGACUAUUUGCCCUUUUUGGUUAAUGUGGACACGGUCAGUGAGGCGCUUCAAAUGGAACUAAUUGAACUCAACUCUGAUUCACAACUCCAAAACUCCAAAACUCUUCCCUUGCUGGACAUCUACAGAUGUGCUCCAGCAGACAGGUAUGCAAAGAUCCACAAACACGCACGGGUAAUACAGUCCCUUUUUGGAAGUACAUACCUUUGUGAGCAGGCUUUCAGUCGGAGGAAUUUGAACAAGUGUAAGCUGAGAAAACGGACUGUCUGACUCUCACCUCCAUGACAUCCUCACUCUGUCAGUAAGUCAGCUGGAGCUUCGUGUUGAAAGACUUUUCGAGGAAAAAAAGAGAAACUUCAUGUCUUCCACUGAUACUGCUAGUGAUAAAUGACAGUGCAAGGCAUGAAGAAUAUAAUACAAGGUCUGUAAUAUUGGGGCAUUUUGUGAUGAUGUGUAACUUUAAUGUUGCUCAAUGAUUUGUGAUUCAGUGUUGUCACAUGUUUAACUUUAUCUUUUUAGCAAUUUUUCAAGCUGAAGUCAGAUUUCCACCAUUGAUUACUAAGGUGGACAAUACAACCGUUUUCAGCUUAAUUUUCUAAAGUAAAGUGAUUUGUAUGCACUUUAUUUUAGAAAGGUUUAUUUCCUUUUAAAUAUGUUUAUCCUCACAAAAAGAAGCAUAUGGAUGUUUUGUGUUUUUGACAAUCAUCUCUGCAAAUUAAAAAAAAUACGGUUAAGCAAAUUAAAGAGAAGUUUUUUAUUAUUUUGAAAUUUUAUCUUAGAUUUUGAAUAUGUUGGUUUUUCUAUAAAAUACACAUACAUUUUAAUAUAAUUUAAAUUCACAUAACAUCAACAGAUUAAUCUCUGGCCCUCCGUACGAAAGAAUUUGGGUACCUCUGUUCUAUAGAACAAAUUCCUAGCAUGGAUUAAAAAAAAUGAUAACUACUGCUUACAUAAUGUUGCAUACCACUCACAUGGCACACAACCCCAUGCUAUGUCAUGCUCAUGCAUCAUAUUUAAACAAUUGUGCAAAGAUAUCAUAUGAAGACGUUAUGUAAGGAUGUUUUCAUAGUCUUACUUUCACAGUACUUUUACUUUUGAUACAUUUUGCUGAUAACAUUUUUGUACUUUCACUGAAGUACCAUUUGUAAUGCGGGACUUUUACUUGAAAGAAGUAGUUUGAUAGUUUGGUAGUGCUACUUUUAACUAAGUGAAUGACCUGAGUACCUCUUCCAGUAGUGAUAAUAAAUCAUUAGGAAAUACACUUGAUGAAAUCAAUACAUUAUGGGCAUGGACUAAACAAAAACAUAAUAUAUGAUAAUUUAAUCUUCAUAAUCCAGGAAAUUUUUAUUGUGUUACAGUGCUGAAUCCUAAUACAAUGGCAGACAUAAGUGAGUCCAUGAUUUUUAGGGAGCAGUCAGCUCCCCACCACUGCAUGGAAAGAAACUCAUCCAGGGUGCCCAAGCUUGUAACCCAAAUGUACACAAUGAAAAGGGCUGUUGACAGCCAGGGAAUUGUAAAAGUUAAGAUCUGGCAAUAUACCAUUACCCAGCAAACUUGUUGACCCUCCACACAUUGGUUUUUAUGGUAUCUCGGUUGAAAUUCUUGAGCAGACUAGGGGAUCGCAGUACUUGCAUUGGGAAUACACAGAAAGAUUGGAUCUGGCAGAGAGGCUGAGGGAAAGGGCAGGUGAUGAUUUCAGUGACAUCAGUCUUUAAUAAAGAUUUCCUGUUUACUUAUUUUGCUUGCUUGUUCCUCUGCAGUAUGUUCUGUUCUUGUUUACUUUCACCACUGAUUAAAAAAAAAAACCCAAAAACUUAUCUGAUCUGUUAUC